AUGAAGGAAUAUGAGCAAUCAGCAGACUUAUACGACCCUUUAGAUCCUUCAGCUUCCGACCCAGGAAUAUUGAGAAAACACUCCUCUCAAAGAUCUUACACUGCCGGCGGGUUUGUGUAUCCAUCAAUAAGGACAUUUUAUCAUCCUCACCCGCAAGCCGACAAGCUCCCGACUAAGCCAACGCCGCUACCACUUCUUGUUUUUGUUCACGGUCUAGGAGGAAGUGCUGCUCAGUUCGCACCUCUCUUGACUGGGCUGAUUAACGCCGCACCAUGUCUUGCUAUCGAUCUGCCUGGAUGUGGCUUAUCAGACUUUGUCCCUCAAACACGAGAAGCAUACAAGUCAGAAGCACUUGCGGCCUUGAUUGCUGAGGCCAUUACUCAACAUAGAGACGCUGAAAACGGACAGAGGGUGGUUCUGAUAGGUCACAGUAUGGGAUGCUCACUGUCGGCACUGCUCGCAUCAUCAACAUCGCCACUUUCUCAACUUAUCUCGGAACAUAUUACUGGGUUUAUCGCCAUCUGUCCUCGUGCCGAGACUCUGACAGCGAAACAAGUAUCACGACUCCAGCACAUGCGUCACAUGCCUAUUCCUCUGUUCGAAGUCUUUCGUUGGUGGGACAGGCGAGGAGGUGCCGAAAGUCACAGUGUUUCUCGUUACGCAGGUAAAGAUGCAGACUCAGAGACCAAACGACUCCAACUACGGUUCAACGAGCAAAGCAAAUCUGAAGUCUUCAUGGCAAUGGCUCUUGGAUCUAUGCCAAAGUAUCAGAAUGACCAAGCUGUUGGAGGAUUGCCUGGUGAGGCCGUCUGGUCUGGACUUCGGAUCCCUACAUUCUGCAUUGGUGGAGCGGAGGACCUUGUAACACCGCCCGAAAACGUCAAGUUGAUCGCCAAAUGGUUAGGUCGGCAGGUACCACGAGAGCAAACAACCACCAGGGGCAACUCCUUGCCCAGUUCUGCUGGCGAUAUCCCCAUCAUCGAUAACACCCCGAUUGAAGAGAACGGCAAAAACUUCGUCCCGGAGUUUACUGCAACUGGCCAAGAUCUGGUAUCUGAGACUCGACAAGACAGCGCGACGCCAGAUCUUCCGAGAAAACCGAAAUUCGUUCUCAAGACAACAGUACUUCCGCAACCUGCUUCCCAUGCAUUGUUGUACGCUACCUCGACCGUGCGUAUUCUAUCGGGUUUGAUCCAAUCUUUCGUCGCCACACAUGUCGACCAUCGUCUGUCUCUUGGCUGGCAGUUGCAACAUCUGAGCACAGAAGGCAAGUGGGAUGUCAAAAACCUUGCGAAAUGGCAAGCCGUCGAACCCGUCUCAGAGCCCAUCGCUGGCAUUUUCCGAGCACAGAAGACGCUACGCGAGAUUGACGAAGAGCAUACUCCGUCAACGUACGUAAAGCGAUGGGGUGCCAACAGCGGCAUCAAGCACGGUGUCCGCAUGGUCGUCGAUAUCAGCCACGAAAGUCCUGUCUACGACCCUAAAGGGCUUGAGGAAGGCGGUAUCGAGUACCACAAGUUUCCUACAGUCAGCAAGCUGCCACCAACCGUAGAAGAAGUCGCAGCUUUCAGCGCACUAAUCGAUACGUUGAGAGAGCAGCUGAGCAAGUCAGAAGAGCCUGAGGGUGCUGUCAUUGCUGUGCACUGCCAUUACGGCUUCAACAGAACAGGAUUCUUCUUGAUCAGUUACAUGGUGGAGAAGCUGGGUUGGAGACUACAAGAUGCACUGGAAGAGUUCGCAGAGAAGAGAGCCCCAGGCAUUAGACACGAGCAUUUUGUGAACGAGCUCUUUGUGCGUUACAUGACCUUACCACCGUCGACAACCCCCUUCACAACCGCCAAAAUGCCCGGUGUCUCCGUUCGCGAUGUCCCCGCCGACAAGUUCAUCCAGAACUACGCUUCCUUCUUGAAGAGACAGGGAAAGCUCGCCGUUCCCGGUUGGGUCGAUACCGUCAAGACCGGUACCGCCAAGGAGCUCCCUCCCCAGAACGUUGACUGGUACUACGUCCGCGCUGCUGCCGUUGCCCGUCACAUCUACAUGCGCAAGACCGUCGGUAUCGGCCGUCUGCGCAAGGUCCACGGUUCCCCCAAGAACCGCGGUUCCCGCCCUAGCCGUCACGUUGACGCCUCCGGCUCCGUCGACCGCAAGGUCUGCCAGUCGCUCGAGAAGAUCGGUGUCCUUGAGAUCGAUGAGGACAAGGGUGGCCGCCGCAUCACCCAGUCCGGCCAGCGUGAUUUGGACCGUAUCGCCAUGUCCACCCUCGAGGCCGAGCAGGAGGAGGAUGACGAGUAA